UGACAGACUAAAUAAAGCAUUCACUCAUUCAUUCACAUGAUUGACUGACGCAUGUCGUUCGGUCAAUAUGUCCAUCCAUGUCAAUCAAUUUAGCUAGCCAACACUCGGACUGUACACACGCGCGCACACGGUGGAUCCACCCACCCCCCCCACCCGCCAUCUGGUCGACCAUGUAUCUAUCGCUAUCCACAAAAGGCCACAGACCGAGAGAGAGGAGACGGACAACACACCGCCCGGGCACUUUUGGUGGAUUGGUCACUCUCUCACUCUCUCAGCAAAUGGCCAGCCAAGUGGCUCAGUACGAACACAGACAGGUAUGUAUGUAUAUUUAUGUACGGCUUUCACACGUGCAGUCACGCAAUACGGAUCGGAUGUGUGUGUAUUUGCCCAUCCCCCCCCCCCCACCCACACACCCACACACCGACCGACCGACCAAGACUCAACCAUCAAUCAAUCAAUCCCCUGUACACACAUACAUGUAAUUAAGUAUCCGCCCCUACCCCGCCCUCCCGCAGCUGGAGCUCACUUCAUUGCUCAGACCUCCGUAUCAUAUCCCCAUCCCGCCCCCUCCUCCCCAGCUGAAGUAUUACACUACCAUACGGCGCGCAUUGCAAGCUGUGGCGGCCUUUCUGCUGCUGUGCUACUGGGGUGGGGUGGGCGACAAGCAUGCAUUGAUUCGGCCGCCCGCCCGCCAGUAGGCGCGUCGCCAUCGGCCGGCCGCUGCACACACAGACACCAUUCAUACCAAGAGGAACUUUGGUAAAACCACGACCACCCACCCCAUCCCAGCCAGCAUUGAGUGGCGUAUGGCUAGGCACUCAAUGAUAACCGACCGACCCACACAAAGAGGGAGGGGAGGGGAGUGGAGGAGGAAAGCGAGAGAAGGCGGCAGUACAUAAGGCAAGGCAGCAGAGUCAUAUAUAGGAUCGGUGAGACUCACCCCUCUCCCUCCCUCCCCCUCAACAAACAGAUAAAUCUAGCUAUCUAUGUAGCUAGAUCUCUCUCUAUCUCUGCCCAAUAUGCAUGCAUACACACCGGGAGAGCUGCGCUGACCGUGGGUGGAAUCUCUCUCUCACCCGUCGGGCCCGACGGACGGGUGAGGAAGGAAUCACUCCCUCCAUCAGCACAAAUCUGAUAGUGUGCAUCCAUCCCAUCCAGACAGACAGGCAAUCCGUUGGUUGCUAUGCUAUGUGCGUUAGUUAUGUAUAUAUAGUAAGUGAGCGGAGCGCCUCCACUCCAACCCUCUGCUCUUCCCUCCCUCCCUCCUCUGCUGGAUAGGAUGCCCCGCUGGCAUCUGCAUGGUAUGUACAACGAUCGGCCUCGAUCGGUCGAUGGCUACAGCUACCGCUACGACUCCGGCUUGGCACUGUCGCCGUCACCGGUGUGUCUUCGCGCCUCCUGGCUCAUCACCUGACAUAAACACACAGCCAGCCCAUCAAUCACAGAGAGAGGUGCUGUUUGUUUGUGUUGCCUGUUGCCGGCCAGCGGACGGUGCCGAGGUCGGUAUGUGAUGUGCUAAUCAAUGUACCUACCUUCUUCAUCCACUCGUCGUCCAUCCUGUAGAAGAGGAUGCAUAUCUUCUGCGGCAGCCAUGCGAAGGCAAACUUGUUCUCAGCUACACACACACACAGGGAACACGAUUGACACAUCCAAUCCACCACCAAGCCCCUCCCACCCCACCUCCCAGCCAGCGCGCCUACUCACUCACUCAGCAAAAUCAGCUGCCCCGGCACGGCAUGCCCAUGCGGACUAUCGGGGUCGGCGCCAUACAAAGCAGUGCCCUCCUGCCCACCACCACCACCAGCACCACCACUAUGAGCACCGACAGCCGAUGCAGAUGCAGGAGGGGGUGGCUGGGUGUGGGAUGGUGAAAGCGGUGGUGCCGAUGGUGUGGCUGCUGUGUCGUCGAAUGCUGCGGGGUCGAUGGUAGGGUUGGUGGCGGUGGAAUCGUCGAUGUCUGAUGAUGCUGUGGGUGGUGGGGUGAUGUCGGGUUUGGGGGGCACCACGCGGCGGCCCAUGUGGCCCUCGCCCUCGAACACAUACACCCAAAGGUCCUGAUCGAGUGUGUCCAUCCAUCCAUCCAUCCAUCCAUCCAUCCAUCGCGGCAGGAAAAGGAUGUCACGCGGUAGCUAUUAGUGUGGGAUGUUGCAUUCAUUGAUUCACCCAGGUACCCACCCACCUGUUUUUCGUUUGAUGGCCCGGUAGAGUUAGAUCUGUAGAGGGUGACGAGAGUCGAUGUGGUGGUGUCGGGACUCAAAUUGGCCCUGCAGACAGACAGACACCACACAGACAGACAACCCAUCUCAUCUGUGUGGCCACUUAAUUGUGUUUGUUUGUGUGCGUACCGGAAUGUGACUCUCGAGUCGUGUUGUCCCUCUGCUGCAUGUGUGUGUAGAUCCACAUCGCCAUCUCCAUGCUCGGCACCAUGCAGCUGCAGCUUGCGGGCCUACAUGCACAUACACACACACAGAGACAGAGACACACAUGGGAUGGGCAGGCAUGACCCGACCCGGCUACAUCAUGUGUGUCUGCGUGUCGUGUGUGCCCACCACGAGCCAUUCGCCCUCGUAGUCGACGGUCUGCACACAUACACACACGCACACACCAAGCAUGCCCCCCCUGUCGGCAUGGAGCUGGCUCCCCAAGACACCCCAAGCGUAGCGUACCACCAUCUGCAGCCGAUCGGGGUUGCCAUACUCGCCAACCCAGACGCCCUUGAGGUUGAAUUGUGGCAGGUAGGACCUCAGGCCGGAGAGCAGGUCACGCCAGCGGAUGGCGCCCUCGAAAUUGCGCUGACCGACUGCCUCGUCCAUCUUGUCACUGGGGGCAUUCAUUCACGGGGGGCACACACCACACAACACCAAGACAGAAAGCGAUGCGAUAGGCUUCUGAGUAUAUGCUGCAGUCAGACGGACCUCAUGGCCUUGAGGUAGCUGAUGGGGUCUCGGAGCUUGAGACCCCGGAUGGUGUCACGGAGGUUGGCCGCCUUCUCGUACUCCUGUGGGUCAAGGGGGAUGGAUGAGAUGAGAUGUGCUCGCAAGGCGCCCGCCUGGCCUGGCUAUAGAUUCACCUUGCUUACCUUGUUUUCGGCGGCUUCCUUGAUGCUGAUCUCCAGUGUCCUCAGCUGAGAACACAAUCUCGCCUGCUCCGUCACAUUGCCAAACAACUACACACACACACACACACACACACGCACACACACACAGACAUCCAAGGGCAUCCCUCCCUCCCUCCCCUCCCUGCCCACUCUGCUCACACACAUACAUAUGGGUUGAAGACCGAUGGGAACUGCUCCCACGAUAUGAAGGGCGAAUUCGACGCCCCGUCGCCGAUCAGACCCAGCGGCGAUACCGGCAGCUUAUCCUUCGACCGCUGCGGGCGCGACGGACUCGUCUGCCCGUCCUCACCGUGACGGUGGCCCGGCAGCAGACCGACCCGAGUGCGCGAGGACAGCCGGGGGUGGCCCGUCGUCGGAGGUGCGAAGGCGACACCAUCGUGUGUUGCUGCCGAACUGAUGAGGCGUGAGAGGGGGGUGUUGCGGGGUGAGGUGUGUGGUGCGUCGUCUGCGGCAUGUGGCCGUUUUCUGAGGCCCUCUGGCGGCCCGGCAUCAGCACCUGCAUACAUACAUAAUGUACACAACACACGGGCAAUGCAAUGUAAUGCAAUGUGUGUGUGGAGCUGCAAUCAAAGUGCAUGAUCUGUAUCCCACCUUGUGCAGCAUCCCGCGCCCUCGUGACGGCAGUCCUCCCUGACCUAUAGGGGUGCCUCAUAUGGCCAGCCGACAUGUGCAUGUCCGUCAGCUGGCCACAGGGCACACCGGUGCCAGUUGAGCCGAUGAAAAGACAGGCAAGGAGGAUGCCGACGAGGCAGAUCUGCGCAGGCCUCGCUGGCAUCUUCGGAAAGUCAGUCCACUACCCCGUGGCGUCAGUCAAGGCGCUGGGAGGGUCCAGAUGGAAAGAGGCAGAUCAAGUGCAGCAGAUAGAUAAGAUGAGCAGCGUGAAUGGAUAGGCGAUGGGGCAGGAGGGCAACAAGCUAGGGAGGCC